UGACCCUGUAGCAGCAGGCGUGACGUCACGUAGCACGUCUGCUCAUCCUCGCAGAGGUGAACGGAUCUUUUACUGAAGAAGUCAAGGACGCAUCCAGCAGGGUUGAUUUCUAAGCUGUGGGUGAGUUCCCGUGACCUGCAGCAUCAUGGGGGAGUUGUUCCGCAGUGAGGAGAUGACUCUGGCCCAGCUCUUCCUCCAGUCUGAAGCUGCCUACUGCUGCGUCAGUGAACUGGGAGAGCUGGGAAUGGUGCAGUUCAGAGAUCUCAACCCUGAUGUGAACGUGUUCCAGAGGAAGUUUGUGAAUGAAGUGAGACGUUGUGAGGAGAUGGACAGAAAGCUCAGGUUCGUAGAGAAGGAAAUUAAGAAAGCUAACAUUCCAACAAUGGACACUGGUGAGAAUCCUGAAGUCCCUUUCCCCCGAGACAUGAUUGACCUUGAGGCAACCUUUGAGAAGCUGGAGAAUGAGCUGAAGGAGAUCAAUACUAAUCAGGAGGCCCUGAAGAAGAACUUUCUGGAGCUGACAGAGCUCAAGCAUAUCCUCAGACGUACCCAGCAGUUCUUUGAUGAGAUGGAGGAUCCAAAUCUUUUGGAAGAAUCAUCAUCUCUGCUGGACCCCAGUGAGGCUGGUCGAGGUGCCCCACUGCGACUGGGGUUUGUGGCUGGGGUUAUAAACCGGGAAAGAAUCCCCACAUUUGAAAGGAUGCUGUGGAGAGUCUGUCGUGGAAAUGUCUUUCUCCGUCAGACAGAGAUUGAGGACCCUCUUGAGGACCCCACAACCGGAGACCAGGUGCACAAAUCUGUCUUCAUCAUCUUCUUCCAAGGAGACCAGCUUAAGAACAGAGUGAAAAAGAUCUGUGAAGGGUUCCGUGCAUCUCUAUACCCAUGCCCUGAGACCCCUCAGGAGAGGAAGGAAAUGGCAGCAGGUGUCAACACCCGCAUUGAUGACCUCCAGAUGGUACUGAAUCAAACAGAAGACCACCGGCAGAGGGUUUUACAAGCCGCUGCGAAAACCAUCCGUGUGUGGUUCAUCAAAGUGAGGAAGAUGAAGGCCAUUUAUCACACUCUGAACCUCUGUAACAUCGACGUUACACAGAAAUGUUUGAUUGCUGAGGUCUGGUGCCCCGUUUCUGACCUUGAUUCUAUUCAAUUCGCUUUGCGGAGAGGAACAGAAAGGAGUGGCUCCACAGUUCCCUCCAUCUUAAACCGAAUGCAGACUAAACAGACUCCACCCACUUACAACAAGACCAACAAGUUCACCUCAGGUUUCCAGAACAUUGUGGAUGCUUACGGUAUCGGAACAUACCGUGAGAUCAAUCCAGCACCAUACACGAUCAUUACAUUCCCGUUCCUGUUUGCUGUCAUGUUUGGGGACAUGGGUCAUGGAGUGCUGAUGACAUGUGCUGCACUUUAUCUAGUCAUCAGAGAGAGCCGCCUGCUCGCUCAGAAGAGUGAUAACGAGAUGUUUAGCAUGAUUUUUGCAGGACGCUAUAUCAUUCUUUUGAUGGGGAUAUUCUCAGUCUAUACCGGACUCAUCUACAAUGACUGCUUCUCCAAGUCCCUCAAUAUGUUCGGUUCAGGCUGGAGUGUGCGGCCCAUGUUUUUUCCUAAGGGAAACUGGACGUUUGAGACUCUGGAUGGUAACCCAGUUCUUCAGUUAGACCCUGCUGUUCCUGGUGUGUUUGGUGGCCCCUAUCCUCUUGGCAUUGACCCCAUAUGGAAUAUUGCCACAAACAAGCUGACAUUCCUGAACUCAUUCAAAAUGAAGAUGUCUGUAAUCCUGGGUGUCAUUCAUAUGCUGUUUGGAGUCACUCUGUCCCUCUUCAAUCACCUGUACUUCAAGAAACCUCUGAACAUUUUCCUGGGUUUCAUUCCUGAGAUUGUUUUCAUGAGCAGUCUGUUUGGUUAUCUGAUCUUACUCAUCUUCUACAAGUGGACGGCUUAUGAUGCAGUGACAUCUAAAGAUGCUCCCAGUCUUCUGAUCGCCUUCAUAAAUAUGUGUCUUUUCAACUACAAUGAUCCUACAAACAAACCCUUGUAUAGAGGACAGACAGGAAUUCAGUCUCUGUUGGUGGUGAUAGCUCUGGCGUGUGUGCCGUGUAUGCUGGUGGUGAAGACCAUGGUCCUGCGCCGUCAGCACCUGUGGAAGAAGCACCUGUCCCAGAUGAGGGAGGCAAGACCUGCUGAGAAUCUAGAAACUUUAGAGCAGACAGGCUCACCCACCGGACUCACCCAACAGGGCACGCAGAAGUUCGGUGGCGUCCGGGUCGGAAACGGGCCUACAGAGGAUGAGGCGGAGAUCAUUGACCACGACCAGCUCUCGCAGCACUCAGAGGAAGGAGAUGAGCAUUCAGAGGAAGAACCGUUUAACUUUGGAGAUAUGGCUGUUCAUCAGGCAAUUCACACUAUAGAGUACUGCCUGGGCUGCAUCUCCAACACUGCCUCAUAUCUGCGGCUCUGGGCCCUUAGUUUGGCUCAUGCUCAGUUGUCUGAGGUUCUUUGGGGAAUGGUGAUGCACCUUGGACUGUCCUCGAGGAGCGGUGGUGGAUUCUUUGGCCUGUCCAUCAUUUUCUCGGCCUUUGCCACACUAACAGUGUGCAUCUUACUCAUCAUGGAGGGACUGUCUGCUUUUUUGCAUGCUCUGCGCUUGCAUUGGGUGGAGUUCCAGAACAAAUUCUACACGGGACAGGGAUUCAAGUUUGUCCCGUUUUCCUUCGAGAGUAUCCUGGAGGGUCGUUUCGACGAAUGAGCUACUUCAGCGUUAUCAAAUAUCAUCAGUUCCCGCUCUUGCAUGGAUCCUGUCUUACCCUGUCCUCUCCAGGAGCAGUGCUGUCUGUUGAAGUGUUUGUAAGAUGUGACCCCUACCCUCUAAAUGCACAGUUUCCUGGGUGUUUUUGAGAUGUGUUCUGUGAGCCUUUCAACCAGAUUUAUAACCUUACUUUAUGUACACAGUCCUUCAAAUCGGUGUGGUAACUAUAAUGGAUGUUAUUGGAAGUCUUAGAUUGAACAGUUUAAAUAAUAAUUUGGAAUAAUUCUACAAAAAGGGGAUUUUCACACUGCUCUUAACCAUUCUGAGAUUUCAAGUUUAGCCUUUAAGGUUAAAUAACUUAAAUAAACAUGAGAUUUUCCUAAUUAUGAUGUUACUCUGCACCUGUUGUGUCUCUUCAAACAUUCAAACUAUUCAAAUUUGAGCUCACAUAUGGAUAGAAAGCAGCUAGUCAAAAAAGCAACAGAAUAAAGGUUAACAUCCUGUUACUGAGUAAACAGCAAUGGAUAUCUAAAGUCUCUUGAGGCAGCUAGUAAAAAGCUAGUCAGUGCCUGGUGGACUGUCUUCAGCCAUUUCUUGCUCAAAAUUGAAACAUAUCAACACAGAAAUAAAAUGUUUAUUUAAUUUAUUAUCUAGUUGUUUGCUGCUGUGUUUGAUUGUUUUGAUGUGGUGAUGUGGCAAGUCUCUUUACACACAUAAGAAAGUGUUGCAUGGACGAACAUUCCAGUGUGAAAAAUACAAUCAGAGGAGUCAAAGCUGUCUGUUAAUGUAAAACCCAGUUCCUCCUAAAUCAGACAAUUAAAUAUCUUGUGACAAUAA